UCAUUUUGCACAAGUAUCCACACCAAAAUUCAAGCAAUUCCUUCCCAAUCCUAAUCCUCAAAACCCCAUCCUAAAUCCUCAAAACACACACACUCUGAGUCUCAUAGAGAGAGAUAUAUAUAUAUACGACUUUUACUUCCCAACUGUUUUUCUUUGCCUUCUUGAAACUCAACCUUAGGUUCCAAGCACAAAGCACUAAGGCCAAUUCAUUCUAGUACUCCAAAAACAGUACUUUGUUCUCUAAUAUUUUUCUUAUUCAAUAUUGCAUUAUUAACUUGAUGGACUAUUGCAUGAGAGAACUAGAACUAGAAGGAAAGCAAGCUCAUGAUCCUUUAUUCAUAGAGAAAAUGAAUAUCAAUUCAUCAUCAACAACCACUGAGAGAUGUGUGUGGGUUCCAGGGCCAGUGAUUGUAGGAGCAGGGCCUUCAGGUUUAGCAGCAGCAGCAUAUCUCAAAGAGAAAGGUGUCCCAAGUUUAAUACUAGAGAGAUCAAAUUGCAUAGCUUCUUUGUGGCAACUCAAAACCUAUGAUCGUCUUCAUCUUCACUUGCCAAAGCAAUUCUGUGAGCUUCCCUUGAUGGGGUUCCCUUGUGAUUUCCCAACAUACCCAACAAAGCAACAGUUCAUAGAGUACUUGGAAAGCUAUUCAGAGAGGUUUGAUAUUAGGCCUCGGUUCAAUGAGACUGUGAAGCAUGCUGAAUUUGAUGCCACUCUUGGCUUUUGGAGGGUGAAAAGUGUGAGCAAGUUGGAUAUCACGACGGAGUUUGUUUGCCGGUGGCUGAUCGUGGCCACAGGAGAGAAUGCAGAGGCGGUGGUUCCUCAGAUUGAAGGAAUGGUUGAGUUUGGUGGUCCUAUAAGGCACACAAGCUUUUACAAGAGUGGUGAGGAGUUUAGAGGGAAGAGAGUUUUGGUUGUUGGGUGUGGGAAUUCUGGCAUGGAAGUGUGCUUGGAUCUUUGCAACCAUAAUGCUACUCCUUCUCUUGUGGUUAGAGAUACUGUACACGUCCUACCACGAGAGAUGCUUGGAAAAUCCACUUUCGGGUUAUCCAUGUGGUUGCUCAAGUGGCUACCCAUUUGGCUUGUGGAUCGUUUUCUUCUCAUAGUGUCAUGGCUCAUGCUCGGUGACACUGCUCGAUUCGGAUUGGACCGUCCUCGUUCGGGUCCCCUUCAACUCAAAAACCUCUCUGGAAAGACACCAGUGCUAGAUGUGGGUACCCUUGCUAAGAUUAAAAGUGGACACGUUAAGGUACGUCCAAGCAUCAAGCGUCUAAAACGUUAUACAGUGGAGUUUGUUGAUGGAAGGACAGAGAAUUUUGAUGCUAUUAUAUUGGCAACUGGUUACAAAAGUAAUGUACCCUAUUGGCUAAAGGAAGGUGAUAUGUUCUCUAAGGAAGAUGGGUUCCCUAAGAAGCCAUUUCCAAAUGGAUGGAAGGGUGAAAAUGGGCUCUAUGCAGUGGGUUUUACAAAACGUGGACUACUUGGUGCAUCCAUGGAUGCAAAGAGAAUAGCUGAAGAUAUUGAAGGGUGUUGGAAAGCUGAGGCAAAGCAUAGUACUGCUUUUGCUCUCUCACUUUUGCCACAAUCAAAUUCAUGAUUAAUGCAUGAUUGGUUGAGUUUCGGUUUUGGCCAAAUUAGAGAUUAAAGUUUAAUUUAUUAUAUAUACAUGAAUGGAGAGUGAGGAAUUUUGUGGUGCCAUCACACAUGAGCACAAUGUUAGGACCCUCCAAUCCAUACAUGGAUAAGUGGAUAAAAAAGAAAAGGUAAGUGGUGGGAAAAUUCUUUUCCCAUUGUGGUGCCCUUCAUCUUAAUUUUCAUGGAUUUACCUUUCAGCGUGGCUUUGAGAAUGAUAUAUUGAAUUGAAGUUGAAGGAAAGAAGGUUGCUGGUUGUUUUUUUUUCUAGUGUUUGGGAGGAACCUUAUUUUUCUGUACAUGCAUCUUGUAUAGUGCAAUUUUUUCUUAUGUAGGCUUGACUUAAUUUCUAUAGAGCAAGUGAAACAAAGUGACAGAAAAAGAAGGUGAGGGUUGAGGAGGAUAUUUUCUAGAGCGAGUGUUUGGCAUCUGAUUUUGGUUUAACUAUUAUU